GCCUCCGCGAUUGCCCCCGCGGCCCGGCCAUGGACGUCCGAUUCUACCCCGCCGACCCCGCCUGCCUCGGCCCCUUGGACUAUUUCCACUGCAACAAGUUUGAUGGGGAGAACAUGUACAUGGGAAUGAAUGACAAUAACCAGGAGUUCCUAUCAGCCAAUCAGACUUAUAAUGGUCAAAGUGAGAAUAAUGAAGACUAUGAAAUCCCUCCUAUAACUCCUCCUAAUCUCCCAGACCCCUCUCUCCUUCACUUGGUCGACCAUGAAAGCGGAUAUCCCACACUGUGCCACAGCCUUCCUCCAAAUAGUCUGAUACCAGCAUAUCCCUAUCAAAACAUGGAUCUUCCUGCCAUCAUGGUAUCCAAUAUGUUGAGUCAGGAUGGACAUCUCCUCUCCAGUCAACUGCCUACUAUCCAGGAGAUAGUCCACUCAGAUGCCGCCUCCUAUGAUGCCAACCAUCAAGUGCCCCUGAUCAAUCGCCCCGGGAUGUUGGCCAGUCACAUGAGUGCCCUCAGCCAGUCACAGCUGAUCUCGCAGAUGGGGAUGAGAAGCGGCAUCUCCCAAGGUUCCCCGUCGCCCCCGGGAAGUAAAUCGGCUACCCCGUCCCCCUCCAGUUCCACUCAGGAAGAGGAGACGGAAGCACACUAUAAGGUAACCGGAGAGAAGAGACCUUCAGCCGAGCUGGGCAAAAAGCCGAAGAACCAGAAGAAGAAGAAAAAGAAGGAUCCCAACGAGCCCCAGAAGCCGGUGUCUGCUUAUGCCCUGUUCUUCAGAGACACCCAAGCAGCCAUCAAAGGGCAGAACCCCAAUGCCACCUUCGGGGACGUGUCCAAAAUCGUGGCGUCCAUGUGGGACAGUUUGGGUGAGGAGCAGAAGCAGGCAUAUAAGAGGAAAACAGAAGCGGCAAAGAAGGAGUACCUAAAAGCUCUGGCUGCCUAUAGGGCCAGCCUGGUUUCCAAGAGCUCGGCCGAUCAGGGCGAGGCCAAGAGCGUCCAGCCCAACCAGCCGGCGAAGAUGAUCCCCCCGAAGCAGCCCAUGUACACCAUGCCGCCCCAGGCCUCGUCGCCCUACCCGGGCCUCAGCGCCUUCCUGUCCCCGUCCGACCUGCAGAGCUAUCGCGGCCACCCUCACCCGGGCCUGCCCAGAUCCCUCAGCUCCAAAUCCAUGCUACCCAGCAUCAGUGCCUCGCCCCCGCCUUCUUUCCAGAUCAGCCCUCCUCUGCACCAACCGCUGUCCCUGCCCCACCCGCAGAGCUCCAUCCUCAACCAGUCCCUCCACAUGCAGCAGCCCCAGCAGCCCUCCAUCUUGUCUCCUUCCAUGGCACUACAGGUACAGCCCCCGAUGAACGCCUCGCCACCGGGACAACAGGACUUUUCACAUAUUUCAUCCGAGUUUCCAAACAGCGUGGGUUCCCGCUCCCCCGGGGCAUCAAACCCUGCAGGGAACAGUGACUGGGACAGCGAUUACCCAAGCAGAGAGUGCGGCAUUAACCACUGCAGCCUGCUGCCGAGGGAUAAGUCGCUCUACCUCACCUAAAAGCCGGAGAGGACCUGUGACGACCCCCCCCCCCCCCCAAACCCCACCCCAGCCCAUCUCCAAGAGGCGUCAAGCAAGUCAUCUGGACCAGAGAGCUGAUCGAAAGCGCCCGCCGUUGGCUUCGCUUCAGGCCCCGAGAGCGUUUCUCUGUCCCAAACUCCAAGGCCGGGUCUCCGCAGGCAGCCAGCCGGCCCCUUCCUCGACGAAGAACAAAAAACAAGGACACCCUCUUGCCGCUUGCCACUAGCUUAGCUCUGGACGAUCUCCCUAGCGAACUGCUUCUAGACGCAGCGUAGGCCUCAGCCUUUGUGCCCCCCCUUUGUCUCGGCGGCCGGCUCGGUAACGGACGGCGUUCUCCGACUGGCUAACAGCACUAAACUCGUGCGAGAAAAUGUGAAGUGUGUGUGAAUAGUGUACAUGCGGAGACCACGGGUCGCCGGCCCAACGGAAAAAAAAAAACAAAAAACCCAGAAAAAAAGAAAAAAGAAAUCAAUCAACAUUUCCUAGCGAGGUGGAGGGCAGAGCCAGAUGGUUGGUAGAAGUGCAAAUAAAUAAAAUGUGAAAACGAUCAUGGAAACUAUAAUUUGUCGGAUAAGUGUAAGUAGUUUACUAAGUGUUUUAGAACUGUGCUGAAGACAUCUUUAAGAUUUUUUUGUGAAAGGAAUUAGUAGUUUACUUUAAGGUAAAAGCAUUUUAUAUUAACUGUAGCACAUUUUUUUAGUUAUACCUAGAAGGGAGAUGUGUAAAAACAUUUACAAAAAAAAAAAAAAGCCUGCCAAACUUGUUUCUAUGAUUUGUACAGCAAGAAAUGGACAGUUUAUAUCCAUGUUGUAUGGUGUUAGUAUAUUUUUUUCAGCCAUAUGUCCAUCUAUUUAAAAUUGCUGACAACGAUUUUGUCUAUUUAUGAAAAAAAGAAUUAGCGAUCGGAAUUGCAGUUUAUCAUAAGGUGCAUUUUUUUUUAUUUACUUUAUUUGUGGGGCUGUGUGUUCUCAGCACCGACACAUUCGUUUUGUUUCAC